AUUUUUGUUAUCUUUUGUAUAUGAUUAAUGUUUAUCUUUGAAUUUGUUCAGUUCGCCUAGAACCUCACUAGCUAUGAAAACAAUUUGUGUUUUGCUCCUCGGAGCGAUCCUAGCUGUAGAGGCUAACUACAGGAAUGUCAAGUUCUCUGACCCUCACCAGGAGUUCAAGGACUUCAAGAUCAAGUUUGGAAAAUCCUACAAGAGCUGGGAUGAGGAGACGGAAAGGUUUUCUGCUUUCCAGGACAAUCUGAAAAAAAUUGAGAAGCAUAACAGUGAGAACCGUUCCUGGAUCAUGGGAAUAACCAAGUUUGCAGAUCUGACCAGGGAUGAGUUUAUCCAGACCCACCUUCAAGGGUACAAACCCCUUGGUGUUGCCAAACCCUCUGUUGCAAGGAAGAACAACAUCAACAUUGCUGAUCUUCCUGAAUCUGUUGAUUGGAGAGAGAAGGGUGUUGUUACACCAGUCAGGGAUCAGGGUAUGUGCGGAUCUUGCUGGGCAUUUUCCUCUGCCUCCUUGAUUUCCUCCUAUGCUAAGAUCAAUGAUAUGUCCCAUGAUCUGGUUGAGGUUUCCCCUCAGCACCUUGUCAGUUGUGCACCCAACCCCUUGAAAUGCGGUGGAACUGGGGGAUGCAUGGGCUCUGUUGAACCCCUUGCAUUUACCUAUGCAUCUCUUUUUGGAGUUGUCACAGAAGAGGAAUACCCCUACACAAGUGGAGAUCCAUGGGGAGCAGGAGAUGAUGAAAUUUGCAAGUUUGAUGCCACCAAGACUGAUGUUACAGCAAUGACCAUGGGAUUUGAAACUCUUCCCCAUAAUGAUAUGGAAGCAGCCAUGGAACAUCUUGCUAAUGUUGGACCACUGUCUUCUGCUGUUGCUGCCUCUGACUGGGGUCUUUACUUUGGCGGAGUUUUUGAUGGCUGCCCAUAUGAUGAAAACAUUGAAGUCAACCACGCUGUUGCCCUGAUUGGUUAUGGAACCGACCCUGCUGAAGGAGACUACUGGCUUAUUAAGAACUCCUGGGGUGAUAUGUGGGGAGAUGGAUUUAUGGAGGGAGCCGGAGGAUUUAUUAAGCUCAAGAGGAACUCAAGCCCCAUGUGCGGAACUAACAACACCCCUCUAAGUGGAAACGGAUGUGUUGAUGGUGGCGUUACCUCCCAACAUGUUUGUGGAACUUGUGCAGUUCUCUUCGACAACAGUUAUCCUAUUGGAACAACUUAUAUGAAAUAAACAUCAUAUUCUAUAUGAUUUACAAUAAAAAAAAAACUUUUAUUUU